AUGAGAAGGGUAGGAACUGGGUCAGGUGGAUGGGCUGAAUGGUCACCUCAGCCUCGUGUCCAGGAGCAGCAGGGACUGAGCGGGUUAACGUCUGCGCGGUGGCCCCGGCACGCAUGCGCAGUGGCAGGACCCCGGCAGUCGGGGAGUGAAGGCGGUGUGUGGGCGCCAUCUUGGAGCUGUAUUCUGUCAGCAGGAGGCCGGACUGAGUGGGCUGCUAUGGACGAUGACAGCGAGACUUGUGUGCCUGCUGCUGAGGGUGACCUCCGCAGGAUCACCGAGCUCAGGGUGGUAGAUUUGAAGACGGAGUUGAGGAAGCGAAACCUCGACAUUAACGGCAACAAAAGCGUCCUGAUGGAGCGGCUGCGGCAGGUAAUCCAAGAGGAAGGAGGAAAUCCUGAUGAAAUUUUGAUCAGCCCAGAGACUCCAAACAACAGAACGUCAAAGAAGAUCGGUAAAGGAUACCGAGUUGAGGAUUGUGAAACCGAAGAAUGUUCAGAAGAGGAUCUUGGUGGAAAGCAGGAGGAUAUAGAGGCAUUUUCUGACCAGAUACGGGAUGCUGAAGAAAUGAACACGCCUGAGUCAAAACAUGCUGACCAUACAGGUGCAGGUGGUGACGUGGACAAGGCCUUCAAGCAAAUCCCAGGCACAACGUCAGUUCAGAAAACUAAAAUGGGAAAGAAUAAUUUUAAAAAGCAAAGAAUUGUUAAAGGAUUAUUGUACUUGUUAAAAGCAAGUUACUUGCCAGCAGUUGUACCUACUAUUUACAGAGCUGUUGAUUCAAGCAGUGGGGAAAACUUAGUUACAGUUGACCUGGAACCAGGGGGUUUUACACAAAUGGAGAUUUGGCUGAUGGCAAAUAGUAUGUUGGUCAGUGAUAUGAUGACCAGUUAUCGAUGA